GGCGUGUCUAAUGAUAUAAAAUGGGUCUGAAAGCUGCAUCCAACUACACACAUACAGCUAACAAACAGCAGGCGAUCCCACUUUGACUGCAGACAUAGGAUUACCUUCUGAUGAACAUGUAUCUAAGACUUGUUCUUGUUCUACUCACUGGAAGUGCCUGUCUAAUGAGGAAUGCCAUUGGUUUAUCACAUAAUACCUUCAUUUUUUCUGUUGAGUCUUCGACUGACUAUGUGAUGCUUACACCUGAGAAGGAGAUGAAGUUUGAUGCAUUUACACUUUGUUUGAGAGCUUUUACUGAUCUUACAAGAGCAUAUUCUCUUUUCUCCUAUGCAUCAUAUACUAAAGACAAUGAUUUUCUUCUUUAUGCAUUAUCCAAAGAAAUGUACUCAAUUUACGUAGGAGGAAGUCAUGUUACUUUCAAAGCCAACAGCGUUCAGCAAACAUGGAACCAUAUUUGUGCCACCUGGGACUCAAACACAGGGCUUUCAGGGUUGUGGAUGAAUGGGGUGAGAUCAGUUAGAAAAAUGUUGGCAAAAGGAUACACCAUAAGAUCAGGAGGUGUAAUAGUACUUGGGCAAGAGCAAGACAGACCUGGUGGGGGCUUUGAUGCUGCUCAGUCAUUUGUGGGAGAAUUAAACAGUGUGAACCUCUGGGAUUAUGUGUUGUCACCUCAAGAAAUCCAUGAUGCAAGCGAGAUGAUGUACAGAGCUGCUGGCAAUGUAAUUGACUGGAGCACAGUAAAACUCAACAUGACUGAAAAUGUUGCAGUAGUUAAAGACUCAGACACUUGCAAAAUCAAUGUGGUUGGUUAAAUAAUCAAGAAUGUAAAAAUAAAUCAAAGGAAAUGUAUUUAGUGAAAAUUUUCUGAAAGGAAAUAUAUAUAUUAGGAAAUAGUCAGCUAUGUUUUAGCUACUACAUGCUCUUUCAAAUGAAUUCAGUAUAUAUAUCUGUCUUCUGUAUAAAACAUUUAGUGGUAUUUUAUGGCCAAACCAAUCUCUGUUACUAAAUUUUGAAUUUUAAGUUUUUGUUAUGAGUUUUCAACUUGAUAACCCCUCCCCCAAAACUGUGCAUUCCAAUGCAUCAGAAUUGCAAAAAUGCGUGUAAAGAAUGUGCAUUUACAGGUAUCAUUCUUCACUAUAUAAUUGUGAGUAAAGAAGUCAUUUUGGCAUCCUGGUAUUUUUUUCUAAUAUGACCUUCAUAAAUUACUUUCCCUACCAUUUCUGUUGAAAUAAGAACUAUGUGGCUCUGCAGACCACAUGAUAUAGUCUGACUAAAGCCCUGCUGAGCUGAAACAUUGUCCCUUUAUUAUGGAAUCUACCCCUUUAUGGAUACAUCACAGUAUUGUGUUUGCUGGUGCCUCUGCUCUUUCAUUUUGCUCUGUUUGGUCCAAGUCAAGUGUGACUGCCACCACUAGAUCCCUUUCCUGCAAUGUUACAUCAGUUACACUCAUUCCAGAUGAUAAUUCAAAUGAGAGAUAUUAUGGCCUAAAUGCACCUAACCUCACCUGUGACCUCCCUGCCCACUUAUCUCACCUUUUCAAAUCCUUUACUUGACUCCUCCCCCCAUCUUCCACUGAUGCACUUAUUUUUGGUCAUCAACAAAGAUGGUUGAUCCUGUUCACUCUCCUGUCAGAUAUGUCUGAGACAGACAGGCACACUAAAGGGUAUUUGACCCAGAACAGAUCCUUGUUGUAUUUUUAGAGUCACUCUACCACUUCCUGUCAUUAUUCUUGUCAGCACAGUCCUUUGUCUCCUACCAUUCAACAAUGUACUUAGUCACUCUCUCCAUGUCCUAUCUGCAACCUUCCCUGCCUUCCUAUCAGUCUCCUCUGUGGAAUCGCUUCAAUCCUUGAACAAUUCUCAGUAGACUUUAUCUACUGUUAUUCUCCUUUCAAGUUCACCUGCAAUCUAGUCAUAAAACUGGUUCACAUUGAUUGACAGCUACUUCUGGCCAUAAAGUCAUGUUUUUGUUGUCAUGGAGAAUGCUGACAUCCAGAAAUGCUACCUAUUACCAGCCUUCUUCUCAUGAGUCUUUCCAUGACCUUCCCCUGACACUGUUGUUAAAUUCACAGCCCUGUAAGUCCACGGAUUUUUCAUCUCUUUCCCUUGAAUAAAGGUAGCCACUUGAUGUCUUCCAGUCUUUUCUUACUUUUGUAAUAGCCUAGCAUUUGUUGAAGAUCUCUGUCACAGGGUCUUCUGACAUACUAACCAGAUUUCUGAGGAAUCUGGGAGGCAGUUCAUCUACUUCUGCUUUAUCUUCACUAAAUAAUUUUUCUUCUGAAUGUCCUCCCUGUCUAUGCUAGUAUGUGUCCAUUGUUCUUUAAAUUUUAGUCUGCCACAUUCCCAACAUGGCACCCUCCCACUAAGGAGUGGAGCAAAAUAUUAAUUUAGCACCUUUGCUUUUUCCCAUUGUUUUGUGAUGUCCUUCCAGUCUUUCUUCAACACGAUCAGUUUUGUCCCUCUCUACAUGCUUUCUGAUAGAUACCUAGAUAAGUCCUUGUUUUCACUUCCUGGCCCCUGCUGCUAACUACUUUCAAAUUUAACCUUUGUUGCCCUCAGUAUGUUUGUUGACCUGUUUUGUCUUCUUGUACUGUGCUUCCUUCACCUCCCCACCUCCCCUUCCAUCUCUUGAAGGUUUUUUCUUUUAGCCUAAUUGUUAGCUAUAUAUUGUAUAUAGCCAAGUUGGUCUACUACUCUUUUUGUCUUUUUGCCUCUUCGUCACACUCUUAUUUGUAGCUCAGGGCACUCAACGCUUGACACAUUCCCAUAACUUGUUUACUCUGUCAUUUUGCUACCAGUCUGCUAACUCAUCCCCGAUCUCCUCACUCAACACAAAAUAAUCUAUACUUCAAAUAUCCUACACCAUUAUUUUUAUAUAUAUGGUCAUUCUCCUUAAUCUAAGACAUUUAUGCACAAGAUCACUAUUGCUAACAUGGGCUUAAUCUGGCCAUACAUAAUAGCCUUUGCAGUGGGUAGGAGAAUGUUCAGAAUUCUUUCCUUUCUGUUACAGCCCUACAACUUUUGGCUAAAUAUUUUCAUGUGAAAGACCUCUAUUAGCUCCCUCUCCACCACCAUUGAGCUCAGAAUCCUCCAGUCUAUUUGUGCCAGAUUCAGUUGUUAUUGUUUACUAAACACUUCCUCUUACCCUACUACCUUGUUUUCUUCCUCAGUCUCCCCCAUUGCAUCUGAUAGAUAGUAUACUAUAUCCAUCCACAUCUCCGCCACAUUCUUCUACCUUAACUGGCAGGACACCUAACGUAGCUUCUAACUCAUGCUGCAUCUAGGCACAUUCCUUUUCUGAUGUUGCUUUUCCUCUUUAGCCUCACAGCCGAUACCCUCCUUUAUGUAGAGAGAUACACUUCCCUCAUGUCUCCCUUCUAUCUCAUAUGUGAACAGUCUACACCAGGUUCUUAAAUUGAAAUAGCAUAAGAGUCUAAUGAGUUUGAGUAGACUUAACCAAAGACCAUUAGUAAGCAAUAAAAGCAUUAUCACAUGAUUUAUCUGUUACAUUUAACCAACACUCAGAUGACAGCAGAGGUUAGUCACUUAUAUCCACAAACUGCUGCCCAAAUAGCAAUUGUAAAAAAUGGUAUCAUCAGUGUAUACUUCAGAAGUCUGUUUGUCAUUAGUGUCAUCAUUCGUUAAAAAACAGAGGUCAGUCACUUUCAUCUAUACACUGCCCUGUACUAACUAUAUAUAUAUAUAUAUAUAUAUAUAUAUAUAUAUAUAUAUAUAUAUAUAUAUAUAUACAUAUAUAUAUAUAUAUAUAUAUAGUCUUUGUACACUUGAGAUGCCUGAUUCUGAUAAUCCUAGAAAAUAAUGAUUACAGUAAUGCAUUUCAGCUUGCUUCCCCAAAACACACAUUCACAUAGUUAAUUGCACCCACCGAUUAUAGCCAUUUUAUUGCUCUUGUAAUCUUUAGAUGUCUGAUUAUAAUCAAAUAUAAUGAUGUCAAUAAUACACUCUAACUUUCCUGCAUACAAAGACACAACAGUUCUGUCAAGCCAGAUCAAUUAAGUAUCAAACAACAACAAAGGUAAGUCCCUUUUAUCCACAGACUGCAUUGUACCCCAGUUAUAGUAUAACUACUUUAUUAUCUGUGCACAAUUCAGAUGUCUGAUUUUUUUAAAAUAAAAUAGUAAUAAUGGAUACCAUGAUGUACUUAAGCCUCAUUGCAAUAUGAUAUCUUAUGAGCAUAUAAAACAUAUUAAGCAAGUUCUGGGUUAUUAUUAAGGACAGUGUCUCUUCCAAAGAAAGCAGAACAUUUAUGUAAUUAACACAUUUUUCUUCAAAAGUCCUGGGACAUGAGUUAUGGUUUUAGUAGCCUUUUAAGAAAUGGAGACCAACAUGGUACUCAUUUAUAGGCACCUGCAAGAUAUAAACAGCAGUUAAAUAAUAGUUAAACAGCUUUUAAUGCUGUGUAUAAGAUAAAACCAGAGGUCCACCUCUGCUCAGUUUCAUGUGUCCAUUCAAAUGUUUUACCCUUUGUAUUAAGUACUAAAAAAUAUUUUUGCAAUUAACCCAGCAAAUGAAAAGCAUUAGAACAACCCCCCCCCCCCCAACAAACUGUUAACAAGCUGCACUGGUUACUGGGCUCUGCCUACAAUGGCAAACAAUGAUAAACACAUAAACUUAUUUACAAUUACUUAAUUAGGUUCAUUUGAGAGCAGCGGUAACAUGAAUAUAAAUAGUCAUGGUCAGUAGGACAACACAAUAGAUGGUAGACAAUGAGCAUUGGCAACCAGCACCAAUUUCCUCAAUGUGCCAUUUGCAGCUCAGCCUUAAAAUAAAUUUCUUGGUGCAUUCCACAUCUAGAAAUUGUGCUGUACCAACCAUGUCAUACAAGAGGUGUCAAUCCAGGUUUGCCCAGUCCUGGAUUUAUAAGCAGCCCACAUCAAAAUAACUGGACAAAUGGAUAGAAAGAGCAUGAAAUUGCUGCAUCUUAUUAUUACUGUUACUAAAAGCUGCCAGUACACUGUCAGGUAGUGGGCACUGAGCCAUAGUGAACUUUGCUGUUUCUGUUUUUGAGUACUUCCAGUUCCCCAACUUUGUUUCUGCUUUUGAAUACUUCCACUUCUCAAAAUAAUAAAAAAGAACAACUCCACUGACAUGUCAUUGUUGCUGAUGUUAGGUAGAGCUUGUGGGUAGGCUGGAUUGCCAUACCAUGGCAAUAUCAUACUGCAGAGAUUAAAUAACAAUGUCUGGUGGCAUUUGGCAGAUGGGCAAAGAUUUUAAAACCCAUGGCCUAUGCCUGGGUAUGUUUUGGACUUACCCUCUUAUUACUGGCAUGUAAUUCUGUGGCAUCAGCAAUACUAACCCUUUCCUCAUGCUUCAGAGAAUGCAGUUUUUAUAUGAAAAGUUAUUCACCUCACUAGAGAAGACAACUGCAGUCAUUUUUGCAAUCCACGUUUGCCUAUCCUGCUCUUUUAGAAAAUAAAGCUUUUUAAAAUGUC